AUCUAAAAUGUUUCGUUUAGUUUCACGAAUACCGUUGAGAGCUGGAGUGAGAGAACGGGGAGCUCCGUCACGGUCAAGGCUUGGCCGACGCGCUCUGAGUUCUGAACCAAUCCCUAAUUCUUCAGCUGCUAGUGCUGGGACGAUUGGAAGUGUGGACAUAAUCUACACAGAGGAACAUAUGGAAAUGAGGAAAGCGCUCAAAAAGCUGAUAGACAAGGAGAUUAACCCUUAUGUAGACCAGUGGGAAGCAGAGAAACAGUUUCCUGCACAUCAGGUUAUGAAGAAACUUGGAGAAGCCGGUUUUCUUGGGAUUGGGCGGCCUACAGAGUUUGGUGGCCUAGGGUUGGAUUACACGUAUUGUGUAGCCUUUGCAGAGGAGCUUGGGAGUAUCCGCUGUGGAGGCAUCCCUAUGGCUGUGGGUGUUCAAACUGACAUGGCAACCCCUGCUCUUGCCAGAUUUGGAUCAGACGAGUUAAAGAGGAAGUUUUUAGCUCCUACCAUAGCCGGUGAUAUGGUAGUGUGUCUUGGAGUGAGUGAGCCAGGAGCAGGAUCAGAUGUAGCGAAUAUUCAGACGAAAGCUGAGAAGAAGGGUGAUGAUUAUGUAAUCAAUGGUAAUAAGGUAUGGAUCACCAAUGGCCAUCAAGCAGAUUGGAUAUGUCUCCUGGCCAACACUGGUGAAGGCCCUGCACACAAGAAUAAAUCACUCCUAUGUGUGCCUCUUGAUGCUCCAGGUGUUACUAGAGGAAGAAGAAUCGACAAGUUGGGCAUGCAUUGCUCAGACACAGCUGAGCUGUUCUUUGAAGAUGUCCAUGUCCCCCAGAGUUAUUUGAUUGGUCAAGAGGGGGCAGGCUUCUUGUAUCAGAUGCUGCAGUUCCAGGAGGAAAGGUUGUUUGCAGGAGCUGGUGUUCUUGUUCCCCUGGACUUGAUGAUAGCAGAUACCAUUGAAUACACAAGAGGUAGGAAGAUCUUUGGCAAGUCAGUGCUUGACAACCAAGUGGUUCACUUCAGACUGGCUGAGCUACAGACAGAAGUAGAGCUGCUCAGAUCACUUCUAUACAGAGCAACAGCUCUAUAUGUCCAGGGUCAGGAUGCCACCAGACUUGCAUCAAUGGUCAAGCUCAAAGCUGGACGUCUGGCUCGUGAGGUCAGUGAUGCUUGCUUGCAAUUCUAUGGAGGAAUGGGCUUCACUUCUGACAUGCCUAUCUCCAGAUACUACAGAGAUACAAGGUUACUCUCAAUAGGAGGUGGUGCUGAUGAAGUAAUGCUCUCCAUCAUCUGUAAACUCACAGGAACUCUUCCCAAAUAAAUGCAAGACUCACAUCUAUAGGUGGAGGAGCAGAUGAAGUGAUGCUAUCCAUCAUUUGUAAACUGAUGAACACACUGCCUUCUAGAUCCAAGUAAACCUCUCACAUGGAUGUUAUCUGUGUUACUUCUUCAAAGCUAUCUAAAUCAAACCAAGAUUCACAUGAUGCUUACAAUGAUUGAUGUUUGGUUAGUGCCUUCAAACACGUUGUUUUGUAGUUGAUGAUGGAAUAUAAUAACAACUUGAAUCAAUCAAGAUGAGUUUAAUUGAAGGUGCUCUAUAUCAAUAACUAUCUAUCAUUUAUGUACAUUGCAUACCUCUAUCACAUUUUACAUCUACAGGUACUCUUUUCUAGAUUUGCAGUGGGAAACAGGUACAGGUACAUGGUUUGCGUAUGCUGUACAUUGACAAAGAAAUUCUUUAAUGAUGAUUAGGAAUCCUAAUGAUCAGACAAUGCUAACAUUCCUUUGAAAAAAAUGAUAUUUGCCAUGCAGAGUGGUUUGUUAUGUCUAAUCUCUGUAAUUUCAAAUAUUUUGAUAUCUUCUCAUCAUUAUGUGCUAGUCUAGAAGUAUUGAAAAAGUGGAUUUGGGCUAAUUCAGAUUCCAUGCAAUGUGUACCGUACAGCAUUUAUGUGUGAUAUAAUAUUUCCUUUUCCUUCAUCAAAAAAUUGAAUUUCCUGAGUUGAACGUUGACUAAUUCAGUGAUCUUUCUGGCUUCACUUACAUAGUCAUAUCAAGAUACCUUUCAUCUUUUUUUUUUUUUGGGGGGGGGGGAUGAAAUAAAUGGAAAGAAGAAAUCUGUUGUAUAGGGCAUUUUGCAUGGAAUUUCUCAUUUAUAGAUAAACCUAUAAAUGUAGAUUUAAGGCCUUAAAAUAGAGUUCUUGGGUGAAUUUAUCCUGCCAGCAAUUUGCCAAUUGUGAAUAUCUGAUAAACCUGUUCUUUAUCUUAUAGCAGUAGUAAUGUGGGUUUUUCUUAGAUUUGAAUAGUCACAGCUGGCGCAAAGUGAUUAUAAUAAAUUUCUCAGGGAGUGUCAGAUUAGUGAAUGACCAACGUGGAGAUAGUAGUAGAAAUAGGGAAUAUUGAAGAUUUGUAAUCUGUUAUAAAUAAAAUGUUGCUUUUCUCAGCAGGAAAUACAUUGUAAAGAAUGCAUUUGAAAUCAUGAUCUUAGUAUUCUUAUUAUUCUUCCACUUUUGCAGGAGGGAAAUGACUAAGUUGAUCAAUACUAAUCUAUACAUUGAUCCUAACUGUAAUUGUACUCCAUGUUAGACAUUUAAAUGUUUUAAAUUGUAAAUACGUGUAUGAAAAAAAAUAUGGCGAUAUUCUACUGGUCUGGAAGGAAAAAAUUGGUACUUUAGAACAAGCAUGUACCAAUCACAUCAAAUAGCAAAAGGAGAAAAAGAAGAACAAAAAGCAAGAAGAAAUAUGCCAUGGUCAUUGUGGUGCACUCCUUUUUGAGGAAUAAGAGAAAAGUAAUUAAAAUAAAGUAAUACAAUUGAUUUGAAUUAAGAGAGAAUAACAAAGGCAACAAAUAAUUUAUAAUAUAUGGUAGAGCUAGAGCAUCAUUGAAUACAUUUGUCAUAUUCAGUAUGAAGCUUUCAUGAAUUUGAACAAUUUUUAAUUCAGUGAGUUGAAACUUCAUGUUUAGUGAUGCAUUCUCAUCUGAUAUUUGAAAUGUUGAAUAGAGAAUAAGGCUUACGUUAAUAUUGCUUUGAUAUAUGCUGAUGAAAGUUGGUAACUUGUCAAAUCAAAGUUGACUUGUUCCUUUGAUAGUGGAUUAUUUGAUUCAUUCAUUGUUUUCAGCAGGAGAGAUAUGGUUUAUAUUUAGCUUGUUGGUGGUGUUUUUUGGAAUUCUUAUAGGAACAUUGGCGAUAUGAAGAAAGAACAACAUGCAUUUAUUUUAUUGCAUGUAUAUUGAUGGAUGUUGAUUAAUAUUUAUGGUAAUUUAUCUAAAAAUUGUAUUUUUAUAUGAUGAAAGUGGGGUGUAUGUAUAAUAAUUGUACUCAUAUUAAAUAUCAUCUGUAUGCAAUAUGAGUGAAAAUGAAGAGGAUUUAUUUUAUGUGCAAGGUUACAUUGAAAGUAAUAAAGUGAAAUUAUAAAUAUAAA